CAAUUUUCCCCUUAUUUUCCCUCUUGUUUUUCUUCCUCUUCUUUCCCUCCAGCGCCAGUACUAUUACCCCUCCCAUACAGUGAUUUUUCUCUCUUCCUCCUUCGGCGUUUCUCACUCUCCGGCGUUCUCUCUUUCUGCUUCUAGCUCGUCCCACGCACGUGCACGGAGCAGCACAAGAUAGAUAUGGCUGCACAGUUGGCACAGCAGAGGUCUGAGAUUACUGCAGAGUUUAACGCACUUAUGGCUGCACAGAUGGCGGCGUAUGAGGCCCGACUUCGUGUGCUUGAGAGCUCGAGACAUGUCUCCGAGCCAGAGGUGACCAAUGUUAGAGCUCCGCCAGACUUAGAAUCCCCAGUCCGUGCGAUUGCGAGGUCCUCAGUAGCUAGCGGACCAGAUGACGUAAGGCUAGAAGCUGAGGAUGACAAUCAAAACGAACACCCACAACGGACCCCGAGUGGACAAAAGUCUUGUUUAUCAAGACAUUGUACCACUGGUUCAGCAAGCCCUGAGUGCGGAGAAGUCAACCCGUUAUGA